AAAAAGUAUAAAGACACCGCGACAAAUCUUCUAGGCUUAAUAAUAAGGGGGAAAUUCUGUUUGGGGAAAAAAGUGAAAAAAAAAAAAAAAGAAAAAGGCAAAAGGGGAAAAUGGGUCGCUAUUUUUGUUAAGAAAGCAAUCACCUUUGAGUUUAGUUGCCAAGUUAGUUCAUCAUGACAUCCUGCAAAUGUGAUUGCGCUUGUUCUCGUUUCUUCACGAUCCUUCGUUCCCCAAAUCAUAGAAAAAUUCUGCCUCAAUCGAAAAGGAAGAAGAAGAGAACGAAAAUCCACAACACAAUUUCCUCUGUUGUCGAAAAGUUUGCACCAUAAUCUGAAAUGGGUCGUCGGCAAAAUGACUCAGGUUUCGGUAAAUUUACCCUUUUGUCCCUCUUCCUGAUGGGUGCUAUCUCCUGCUUGGCGGUAUACCUGUUUCUCACUGUGGUUUUCAGUCCCAACAACACUACUGCAUCUCUUUCUUCAAUGGAGCACGUUGAUGGGGUUGAUGAUUUGCUGAACCAUGAAGAAGGAGGAGGAGAAGAAGAAGAAAGGCCAUGUUGUGAUGGGGUUGAGCAUUUGGAGCUAUGGGGUGAUGCCGUUAAAUGGGGUAGUGAUUUUAGGGUAAAUUCUUCUAAGGAAUGUUGCAUGGCUUGUAAGAGGAUGUGUAGAGGUGAUGGUGGAGCUUGUUUGUGUAAUUCAUGGGUGUUUUGUGGUGAUAGAGAUGCAUGUGGACCUAGAUUUGGUGAGUGUUGGUUAAAAAGACAGAAGGAUGCAUUAAACCCUGAACGACGAGACUUGGGAGAUAAAGUGAUGUGGACUUCUGGUUUAGUCUUUGAUAAGGGAGAGGGAAUUGUUGGUCUGGAAACUGACUAUGGAAUUCUACGUAUAAAACUUUUUCCUGACUGUGCUCCCCAAUCUGCCUCCUACAUUCUUGAGUUGUUGGCAUUGCCUCACUGCAUUGGGUGCCAGAUUUAUCGUUCAGAGAGCCGAGGUAGCUUUUGGGAUUCAGAGGGAAACCACAUUAAGAAGGCUUCAUUUGGUCCCCCUUUUGCGCUAAUCCAAGGAACAUUUGAAUCGAUUGGUUCUACGUUCAAGGAUAUCCCAAAAGAGUAUUGUCCGACCAUAAGAAGAGGAUCUGUAGCAUGGGUUGGUUCAGGUCCAGAAUUCUUCAUCAGCCUGGCUAAUCAUAAUGAAUGGAAAAAUGCAUACACUGUCUUCGGUUCCAUACUAUCUGAAGAUAUGGAAAUCUUGGAGAAAAUUGCUCAGCUUCCGACCAAAUCAGAUGUUUGGAAUGGCAUUCAUGUUGCUGCCUUGGAGAAUCCGGUUUCAUUACGGUUCCGGAGAAUUACCACAUAGUGCAGAAACCGUUAGAUUGUUUUUGGUUCCAUUCAUUUAUUCUGAAGGUUUAUUUUAUUCCUGUUUAACUAUAGCUGAUUUUAUAUCAAAUUGAGUUUAUUUCAACUAGUUUGGUAGGUAUC